AUGGCGGCUCCCAAGUCUGCAUUCCCACAUUUUGUGGACGGCGACGUCCUGAUCGUCAUCUCAACCACACAGCAUUACAAACUGCACUCUCAAGUCCUCUCCGCCCACUCUACCUACUUCGCCGACCACUUUGCCUCCAGGCCUGGGCCCCGCCUCAACGCGCAGGCUCGUCGCGAGAACCUUCCUGCCUACCACUUCGAGUUCAAGCGCGCUCCUGAUGGCGAAUUUGGUGAAUUCGUCCGCGCGGACAUCAAUGAGUCUGGGCAUAUGGUAACCGCCGCGAACAUCCCUCUCAUGCCCGACCUGGAUAAUGGCAACACCCCCGACAAUACUAACCGUGCCUGGGAUUGGCUGUUUGGGGUUUUCUACAAUCGCGAGCCCAUCUUCGAUGACACGUCUCUCGCCACUGUCCUCUCCUGCGUCGUCGCUCUCAUCGAAUGUGGCGAAGCCAUCAAUUCCAUCGAACAUGUCCGCGAUGUGGUUGAUCUCGCUCUCAUGCGCCAGGACAAUGUCCUGUGGACUUCAAUCCUCGGUAAUCCUCAUGUUUGGAUUGAGCUGGGCCGCCGCGUUCGCUCGCCAGCCAUCUACGGCGAAGCAGUCAUCCACCUUGUCGGCCAAUGGGGCACAAUUCCUGAGGGUGAGAAGAGUCGCAUGAGCGAAGACAUCCGCAAGAUCAUUACUCGCAAAGCGAACGAGUUGUCCGUCAUGAAGGAAGCCAUUGAGCUCCGCAUCCUCGGCCACUAUCCAGAGUUCAUGCGCCGCUCUGCAGCCGACAAGCCUGGUCGUCCCACCUACGGCAACGACAUCUACAUGUGGAUGGCUGUCUGCUUCUUCCGUCAAUGGUUCGCUCAAAGCAUCUCGGACGAUCGUACUCGUCGUGCUCCCGACGGCGGACUGAGCUUCUACACCGCGCUGUCUGAAGGCGGCGACGCCUACAUUUCCCACGUAGACUUCCAGGAGUUCCACAAGUACUUCCCCAUGAGCAUGAAGGCGUGCCAAUUACUUGAGGCCAACAUGGGCGUCUUGAAAGAAGAUGUCAAGCGCUUCGUCGACGAGCUCAUGGUCGAGCGUACCCAUCUCAAGCGCGACGAACAUAUGGACAUCGCCUGGCUGACAUGCGUCAACGUCGAGAAGGAGGAUCUCCCAUGGCACGACCUGAAAAUCCAAAAGAAAUCCACCAGCAAUCUGGCCAAGUACGACAACAUGUAUGACGAGGCGGCCACGGACGAAAACGCUAUGGCUCAAGCUCUCGCCGAGGCCAGUGCAGCCCAGCAUCCACCGUAUCCCAAGGCUGAGCACGGAAGCUCAUCUCGUGGCAAAAAGCGACCCCGGGUCAGUGACCAAAGUAGUGCCGGAGACUCGACCUUCUACCAGGAGUCCAUUGGCACCAACGCUAUGUUCGUCAGCGAGGAUGGCGAUAUGAUGGAGGAGUGA